UAGCGCUUACAAGUAUACAGCUCCAACUCUAGAGAAAGAGACCGAAGUGAGCGAAUGGAGCCUUCAAGCAAACUCCACCGAGCUCAUGUGCUGAUCCUCCCUUUCCCCGCCCAAGGCCACGUAAAUCCCAUGCUCCAAUUCUCCAAGCGCCUCGUCUCCAAAGGCCUCAAAGCCACCCUCGCCCUCACCGUCCACCUCGCCGGAUCCAUGUAGCCCGACCCCUCCUUGUCCAUCGACCUCGAAACCAUCUCCGACGGCCACGACCUCGGCGGCUUCCUAGGGGCCGAGUAUGAGGCCUACCAGACGGACUUUCGGGUUGUUGGUUCGAGGACCUUGGCUGAGCUGAUCCAUAAGCUCGACCGCUUGGGCCGACCGCUCGACGCGGUCAUCUAUGACGGGUUCCUCCCGUGGGUGCUCGACGUGGCCAAGCAGUGCGAUAAGCUUGGAGUGGUCUUCUUCACGCAGACAUGCGCGGUCAACAACAUAUAUUACCACGUGCAGCGCGGCUUGCUUCCGCUGCCGCUUCCGCUUUCGGAAGGCAGCGUCAGGGUCCCGGGGCUGCCGCCUCUGAAGCCGUGGGAGGCACCGUCGUACGUGUAUAAGCUGGGGUUAUACCCUGCCUCUUAUGAUAUGGUGAUAAACCAAUUCACGAACGUGGACGAUGCGGAUUUCGUGCUCUUCGACACCUUCUACGAGCUAGAGAAAGAGGUUGUCGACUGGAUGUCCGCCAAUUUGUGGCCGCUGAAGACCGUCGGCCCAACCCUUCCCUCCCUCUACCUGGACAAGCGCCUCCCCAACGACACCGCGUACGGCGUCAACCUUUUCACCCCGACCACCACCUCCACCGUCUCCGCCUGGCUCCAUCGCCACCCGCCCCGCUCCGUGGUCUACGUCUCCUUCGGCAGCAUGGCCGACCUCGACCCCUCCCAGUUCGCUGAGCUCGCCCACGGCCUUGCCCUCGCUGGCCACCCCUUCAUCUGGAUCGUCCGAUCUACCGAGCAGCACAAGCUCCCUCGGGAUCUGAUGGACUCGAUCCCCUCGGAGGAAGCUCUAAUACUCCCGUGGUGCAAUCAACUGGAGGUCCUCGAGAGUGAUGCGAUCGGAUGUUUUGUCACGCACUGCGGGCUCAGCUCAGUGGUCGAAGCGAUCUGCCUGGGGGUCCCGAUGGUGGCGAUGCCUCAGUGGACGGACCAGCCGACGAACGCCAAGUUCGUGGAGGAUGUGUGGAGGGUCGGGGUCAGGGCUAGGGCCGACGAGGCAGGGGUCGUUGGGAGAGAGGAGGUGGAGAGGUGCGUGAGAGAGGUGGUGGGAGGAGGAGGGAGAGGGAGAGAGGUGACGGAGAGCGCGAGGAUGUGGAUGGAGACGGCGAAGGCAGCGAUGGCAGAAGGCGGGAGCUCGGAUCGGAACAUCGAUGAGUUCGUGGAGGAGCUUGUGAGUCGUGCAUCAGUAGAGUAGAAGUGUGACAUCCUAAAUUUUCCUUCUAUAUAUUAUGUGGGCAAUUAUUUUGUUAUAUGGAAAUUAAAUUUUAGACUAAAAUUAAGGUAAAACACCAUUAUGGUGUCAAAGAUGAGUCUUAUCUCGUACAAAGUAUAAAGUAUGCUCAACAUUUUAUUUGGCAUUAGAUUGAGCGUUCCUUGGAUUACAUAAAUUUUAAUGGAAGUUUUUUUAUAAUUAUAAAAGUGCCACUAAAUUAAUGAAUAUUAGGACAAUGCCAUGUCGUGGCAUGAUUAUUAUACAUUGAAAAUGCCUAAACAUACCUUUAGAUUACGCAAACAUUAAUUAAUCUAUACAUAAGGCUCAUAUGCUUUCACAUAUUUAUUAAUAUCUCUUUCUUCCCCUCUCUCAUAGCCACUUAUCACCCAUAUAAGUUGCCGCAUUUCCUAAAUUCCUAACCAUAUGUUUUAAUCAAGAGAUGACAUCAUCAUGAUAUCACCUUAACCUUGGUUAGUUGAUACAUUGAAUGUAAAAAAAUUGUGACUUAUUUCUUAUUUCCUUACUAACCACUUGUUACUAAAAUCUAACGCCUUAUUCCUCACCUUGUCUAGAUGGCAUCAUCAUGAUAUCACCUUAACCUUGGUUAGUUGAUACAUUGAAUGUGAAAAAAUUGUGACUUAUUUCUCAUUUCCUUACUAACCACUUUUUACUAAAUCUAACGCCUUAUUCCUCACCCUGUUUGCUGAUCUAAAAACUUAAGCUAAUUGGGGAGGCAAAUGGGCUUUGGUAAGAUUUGAACUCAAGACCUCCAGUUCUGAAGCAAUGUGAGAUUUAAUGCGAUCAUUGCUAAUUGUUCUAAAAAUUUAAGCUAUUAGAUUAAGGCACAAUUUAUUAUUUAAAUAUUCUAACAAAGAUAUCUCAUGUAUCCAAGAGCCAUGGUUCAAAGAGUCUCCAUUUAGGAUACAUUGACAACACUAGCAUAAGCAAGUUUAGCUAUUCCAUCUUAUCAAUCAAGGUUUCAACUUGAUAUUUGCUGCAAAUAAAAUCAAAGAUUAUACCUAAUUCAGUGAUAAUGUUACCAAAUUUGAACUCGAUGGAUGGCUUGCGAGGGUGGUGGCGGGCAGUGUGCUCACGGUGUUCGGCGAAGGACACUUGGUGUGGGAAGCCCAGCUCGGUGGGGCUUGCGAAUUGGGACUUGUUAAGGCUGUGCAAUGUCAGGUUGGUGAUGGCUGGUUGUGGCUCGUUUCCAUGGCGCCUCGGCUCAGGCCGUCUCUUGGUGGAGAGUGGGCCGUAGCGAUUGCUUCGUCAGGAAACUUGCAAAAAUAGAGAACAACCCUGAGGUGGCUGAGCAAUAGCGGCGUUGUGGGAUGGAGUUGGAUGGCGGGGCAGUGAGGUCGGCGAGACCGAUGCAGCGCCGGUGGGGGCAGGGACUGGGACUGGUGGCAAAGGCAAUGAUGGGUGACGGCUCGGCAAGUGUGGCACUGCGGACCAGCAGAGGAACAACAACGGGCCGCUGUGAUCGUGGACCAGUGUCGCGGGUUUGAGCAGGCUGCGACGUUGGUGUGGUUUGCAGUAAAGCUCGGUCCGACGCCAUUGGAGGAAGCAGUAGUGACAACAAUGUCACUGAGGCAAAGGAAACAGCGAAGCCGGCCAGUGACUGCUCUGUUGAGGGGGUCACGGCCAAGAAGGACCUGGCCUGGCCGUAGUUUGCGGUGACAAGGAAGAACAGCCGAGAAAGGGGGUAUCGAUCGGGGCUCCCUCACCCUCUCUCUCAAUCUCUUACUUGUGUUUUUUGAAUUCUCUAUUGUGAAUUGACGAGU